CACUCCCGACCUGCAGCCCCAGCAGGAUGAUUCUGGCCUCAGUGAAGAUCUUCUGCCGCGGGGGCUUAGCUCCUAGCUGGAGGCUGGCAGCUGCCAGGAGGGGACCUGACUGGCAGCCGCGCCGGGGUCACCGCCUCACCCCUGCAGAUGACGAGCUUUACCAGAAGACAAUGCUGAAGGUGCUGGAGCGGGACUCCUCCAGCAUGAUGUUCAUAGACAGCUACACUAGCCGGGGCUUCACCAUCAAUGGGGACAAGGUGGUGGGGCCCUGUGCCAUCAUACCACGUGCCAUCCUGCAGUGGAAUGUUGGCUCCUACCAGGACAUCACCAAGGAGAGCCUGGUGCUGUUCCGGCUGCUGGAGCCGAGAAUAGAAAUCCUGGUGCUGGGCGUAGGGGACAAGGUGGAGCGGCUGGAGCCUGGUGUCCUGAAGUUCAUGAGGGAAUGUGGGAUCGCUGUGGAGGUGCAGGACACGCCUAAUGCUUGUGCAACGUUCAACUUCCUGACAAGCGAGCGUCGGGCGACCGCGGCUGCCCUCAUCCCCCCCAGAGCUGGUAGAGCCCUGAUGUAGCAGCAGCUCCACAGCUGAACCCGGCUGGCCCUUGGGACUCUCACCCAGCCUGUGUACAAAGGGUUAAAUACCUCCCAGGGCCUGGAACUGGACCAUGAGCUGGUAACAGGAAGGAGAAAAUGCUUCAGAAUAAAGAGUGAGCAGCUGCCCUGCAUGCAGCCUCACAGUGCUGCUAUGAAGACUGGGCAGCCUCGAGAAAAGCA